UCCUCAGCCAAACAGAGAGAGGGUGUCUCGGUGCUGCUUGGAGCACAUGAGGAGAGCUGUUGAUAAUAUAAAGUUUGUAGUCUGUCUGGAGAGUUAACUGUCUGUGGGUUUCUUCUCUGCUCCACCAAUCAAUCCACUACGCUUACAUUAGGUUACAUUCUUCUUCCUGGUUCAGGUUCUCGAGAUAUCAGACUGACCGAAUGAAGCGCUCACAACUCAACUAAACUUUGGGAUAGUUUUAGAGAAGGAUAUCAAACCUGCAAGGGAAUUGAACCGUCGACCGGCCGACCAGAAGCACCAUGACCAGUGUUAACUCCCCCGCCUGCCUCCUGGCUCGUAACCAGUUCUAUAGAAACACAACAAGCCCUACAGAGAGUAUAAAGCCUACUGCAGUCUACAGCCUCUCUGAUUGGUCGAUGCUCCAAGUACUGGUCUGGGUGACCAUGUCAACACAACCAGGGUUCCCAGGAGCAGGGGGAUAUCUAAAGGAUGGUGGGUCAGUGUGGUUCUGGGGAGCCCCAAACCACGCACCUUCCCGUCCAGCGCCCCCAGCCCACCACCCCUCCAGCCCACCCUCACCCAGCGCCCCCAGUCCAGCACCCCGGUCCAGCGCCCCAGCCCACCACCCCUCCAGCCCACCCUCACCCGGCGCCCCCAGUCCAGCACCCCGGUCCAGCGCCCCAGCCCACCACCCCUCCAGCCCACCCUCACCCGGCACCCCCAGCCAACAGAGCGGUCCAGUAGAGACACACCACCACCCCUCCAGCCCACCCUCACCCGGCACCCCCAGCCAACAGAGCGGUCCAGUAGAGACACACCACCACCAAUCAACAGGUUGA